GCCACGCGCGAGGGCUGCUCAACUCACUCGCUGCUCCUCGGCCGGACCAUGAGCGCCGCUGCGGCUCCUGCCCCCGACCCGAGACGAUGAUACGCCAAUGAUACGCUGGUGCAUUAUUUAGAGCGGUAGUGCACGCGACUCAGUAAGUCGCGGUAAGGUAAGCCAAAGUCCCCCCGCGAGGCCUGCCGGCACGCGCGUCACUCGGAGACGCCUCGGAGUUCCCUCGAACCCGCGGCGAAGGGGACUCGUCAACAUGGAAGCGUUCACGGAUGUGCUGCUCGUCACCGCGAACGUCGGGUCACUCUUUGACAACGUGGGUGACAUUCAAAAUGAGUGGUUACAAGAAUUGUAUAAGACUAUCCACAGCCACAAGCCGCAGUUCAUCGCCCUGCACUUCCAGGAGGUGGGAGGAAAGGACUACAUGGCCAACAUGGGCCACGCCCAACACUUCUUCCGGAACAUUGAGUCCAGUGAGGAAAUGAAAGACUUUGACAGGGUCUGCAUCUAUGUGGACAACCAGUUCCAAGCAGAAGACAGAUUCACGGCUUUGGGGAGCUUGUACUUCAUACACAAGACACUGAAAAACAUCUACCAGUAUGAUUUUAACGUUAAGGAUUUUAAAGCAGUGUCAGGACAAAACAAGCACGUGGGCUCUCUGGACGGGGUCACCACAGUGGAGAAAGAAAAAUUCCCAAAGAAUUUCUGGCCUGAUUUCAAGUGGUCCAGAAAGGGCUUCAUGAGGACCCGCUGGAUUAUACACAACCACUGCCACAUACCCCCCCACAUGGUGUCUGUGUGUCUGUCCUUCAGAGGUCUGGACCUGGUCAACGUGCACCUGUUCCACGACGCUUCCAACCUCGUCGCCUGCAACUCCAGUCCGUCCGUUUACUCAGCCAACCGCGAAAACGCUCUCAGAUAUGUCGUCAACAGGAUAUCAGAUAGCCGUUACACUCCUCUGCCUUUCAUCCUGUUUGGAGAUUUCAACUUCCGUCUGGACACACUCAGUCUGGUCCAGCAUCUGUCCAUCGUGGCAGACGUGCAGACCGUGAAGAAGGAAUGCAGCGAUGAAGUGGAGAAGAUCAUCUGCGAAGAAAAGGACAACGACCACCAGGUGCUGCUCCACAUUGAGGAGAAGCGGUUUGCCUACCGGCACCAGGCGGUUUUCAGAGAGGACGACGGCAGAGCGCUGUUGAAGUAUGACAAAGAAGUCGCAGCCUUUCAAGAUGUUAUUAAGGAAGAGGACAUCAUGUUUCCACCGAGCUACCCCUACAGUGAGGAGUCCACCAAACCGACCCAGUACAUGAACACCCGCUGUCCUGCCUGGUGCGACCGUGUCCUCGUGUCGCACACCGCCCACGAACUCGUCCACAAGGGCGAUGCCGGUGAGAAGAGCGUCGUCUACAACACAGUGGGCCCUAAUGUGUGUAUGGGAGACCACAAGCAGCAGCAGGUCUGGAUUCAGCUCGUACCCGCUGUGAAAAGCCCGUCCUCACAUCCCUGGAGUCUCACGUCUGCCUGUCUCACAGCCCAAGUGACACGAUCACUGGUUCAUCAGCAGCUGGUUUGGAUUUCUGGGGCAGUUUUCCAGAUUAUCUCCUCACUCUCAGAUAUUAAAUCAAGUGACCAGAAUGCUCAGCAUCACUGAGAAUGAUCCCAAUAUUCCUGCCCGCAACCGUGGAGAAAAAGAACUGAUGUAAAGACUGAAGUGUGUCACUGUGCGUCCCUUUACAUGCAAAACAUUGUUACUUUUUCCUGAUUACCUUCGCAUAAAAAAUGCGGAAGGUUAUGUUUUGAUCGCCGUGUAUUUAUUUGUAUGCGUGUUAUUCGCAUAACAAAAAAAAGUUUUAAACCGAAUCGCAUGAAAUUUGGUGGAAUGAUUGGUUAUUAUCCGGGGGCCAUUUGAUUAGAUUUUGGGAUCGAUCGGGUCAAAGGUCAAGGUCAAGGUCAUGGAAAGGUCAAAAUCUUUUUACCAUAGCACGGUCAAUUUAUAUCCAAUUGGCAUGCAACUAAUGCCAGAAUGUUCAUAAUUCAAUGCCCAAUCUUGUGAUAUGCGAAGGUAUGCGCUCUACCGAGUGCCCAUUCUAGUUUUAACUGUUUUCUUUCUUCACAAUGCCUUUUUCUUACAGGCAGCGUCAGACAACCCACCCCCCCCCCCCUCCCCCACAAAUGUACUCAUUCCCUAUUGGCCCAAUAUAUUUGAGUUGAUGUCCUCAGUCAGUCUGAAUAGCUUCCACUCAAGAGGUUUUCAAUUAGCAUUUAAAUUCAGAAUCCAGUAUCAUGAAACCGCUGUCGAUAACGUUUAGCUCAACAUUACGAACAACAAUAAUAUAGAAUAAUGGAAAUAAUAAAAUAGAGGAUCUCUAAUAUCAAGUGCUGGACCAGUCCCACUGACUAUGUGCGUAUGCUUUUAUUUUACGCCAUUUCUAGUUCUGAGAUUUUCUUUAAAGUUGGUUGCUAGGGAAACUUUGUUGAGGAAAGCUGUGUAACCAGUUUUACCUGCAAUAUAAAUUUGCCUCAGAGGGCAUCACAGUUUGGUCAGAUUGUAUAGAUAAAACACAAUUUUUAUCUCGCUGACGACGUAUUCUACGUACUUGUAGCUACUGCGGCUGUCACAUAUCUCUUCAUUACAUCACAACAUCCCUUCAAGAAUUGAUUUUAAUAGAUGUACAGCAUAUGAUGUCGCAAUGACAGUAGACGGCACAACAAGCCAGUAACAUUUUAAAAACAACAACAAACAGACAACUAUAUUCAUAUCUCACGGCAGCAGCGUGUUCCACCCUGUCCAAGCUGAAGUUCUUCUGCUUAUAGUCUUAAGUACGACUGUAUGUCAAUACAAAGUGCUUUAUUCCACAACCUAUAACCUAUACUUCUCUUUAUUUUCAUUUAGUCCGUCCUCACUCAGAGAAAGUUUUCUUUGAAAACCAAAUUCAUUUCCAAAUGAAUGAUACUGUCGGCCUCACGUGAUACUCCCUCCUGUACUUUAUGAGUGUUGGAUGUUUCCAAUUGAAUUUAUUUGUUUUGUUUUGUUAAUUCAUAGUCUCUACUUCAUAUGUGUGCUGUGUAAUAUUUUUGAGUUGUGAAUUAUUUAGAUUUAUUUUUUGGAUCUGUCAUUAUUAAUGACCAAUUUAGAACAUUUGAAAUCUGUUUGUGAUUUGUGAUACAUUAUUAUCCCUCAGCUGGAGCCGAUCCCAGCUGACAUGUAUUUUAAUGUAAACUUUUUUGUUGUUGUUCUACACAUCUUGGUGGAACAGCCCACCCUCGAUGCACUUACAAAAUACUUUUCAUACAUAAAUUCACAGAUAUUAAGAUGAGGUUUGGACCGUCUGUCAUGUGUGUACUCACCAUAACGAUAACAAACAGUGGUGUGUGAGUGAGUGUGUGUGUGUGAGUGUGUCUGUGUGUGGGUGUGUGUGUGGGGAUGCAAGAGUUUUUAAGUAAUACCCUUGUAGGAGUUGAGUGUUGGAGUGCACUAUGAGGCCAGUAUUGCAUUCAGAUUAACUCUGGUCGAACACUACAUUGUCAUAUUUCAUUUUUGUAAAUAAAAUAUUAUCCU